UAAUGUCUAUAAUGUUAUGUAAUAAUGUAUUUAUUUGGAUUACUUCAAUUUUAGAGCUGCAGUAGUCAAAGGUUUUAGCCCCUGGCGACUCUCCUGCCCUCAACCACGCUCUUCAUUCGCUGUUAGCUGGUUUCACUGUGAAAUACUCUAAACACAUUACCAGCACGGGAAACCAAAAGAUGCAGUUAGAGAAUAGCUUGUGAAACAUGGAAUAUUUAGCGGCAGCAUUAUUCACAUGGACAGAAACCCAAUGAAUGAAUAAUGAUGUUGUUGUUGUUUUGCUCAACGUUCUCAUGCUCUGACGACCGAACUAAUUAUUGCUCCUUUUAUGCAAAUUGCAUUUAAGCCUUGGUCUGAAAAGUGAAUAGUCACAGAAUACGUGCAGUACGUGUUGUAUUGACUACUUGCACAGUUUUUCAUUACUUUUUUUAUUCUGUUCUGCUUUUAUAGUGUGGGAAAUAUCAGUUUGUAAUCCCUUGCCAAGGAAUGGAUGAAGGCCAAACCACGUAACAUUUAAUUCACCAAAAGCUAGUUGCAUAUUUUACAUUGAAUUAAAUUUGAUUAUGUAACAUUGAUGAAUAUGUCAAGAUGUAUCUUUAACGACAAGCUUAACAAAGACAUUGUCCUCAGAUUGACACUCCUCCAAAUGUAUUUGAGUUGGCAGAUGCGUUGUAGGUCUCCUGGUGUGUGUGGACAGACCAGGCUACACUCCCAGCAUGCCUUUCAGCAGGUAACCUAUGUUUUAGAGGGGGUCUCGGCCCAUGAAGACUUCUGUGGACAUUCAGGACGACUGGAAGCUGGAGAUCUGCAAUGGAUGACUGCAGGACAAGGAGUGGUCCAUGCUGAGAUGCCCGUAUCGGAGGAGCCGGUGGUGGGCUUACAGCUCUGGGUGAACCUUCCCAGUCGAGACAAGAUGGUGGAACCGGCGUACCAGGAGCUUAAAGGCUCAGAGAUCCCUAAACCCAGCCAGGGAGGAGUCACAGUCUCUGUGAUAUCUGGAGAAGCUUUGGGAGCAAAGUCUAAGGUCUACACCAGGACACCAACCUUCUACCUGGACUUCAGACUGCAGACAGGUGCCGUGCAUGUGCAGCCAGUGCCCUCUGGAUGGACUACGUUCAUCUACACGCUAUCUGGGACCAUUCAUGCCGGCCCAGAUGAAGAGCAGCAGAAGGUGGAGCCUCAUCACACUGUGGUGUUUGGGGACGGAGAGUGCGUCAAAGUAGAAAACAAGGGAGCGGAGGUUUCCCGCUUUGUGCUGAUUGCUGGAGAACCAAUCAAAGAGCCUGUGGUACAACGAGGUCCAUUUGUAAUGACAACCGAGGAGGAGAUCCGACAGGCCGUCACUGACUUCCAGACUGGUAGAAAUGGUUUUGAAAGGGCCAAAAACUGGAGGUCCAAGAUCAGAGACUCUUUCUGAACACAUUGUAUUCUCGCCCUGGUGGAGUUGUUAUCCUUACUUGUUUGCUGCUAUAGAAUCAUAUUUCAAGUGAUUUUUUUGCACUGUUCUUUGUUUUAUUUGCAUAUUAGUGGGAAGAAUGUGUUCUCUGCCCACCUCGUAAAAUCUAAACUGUAUAAUAUUUACCUUCUGUAUGAAUCAACACAUAAGCCCAGCUAUUAUUAAAUUCUUUCACACGUUAUGAGAAAAAUGUAUUAUUCUAUUAAAUGGUCAGUGUAUUCAACAGGAUUCAUCGGCAGAACUGGAAUACAAUAUUUUCCAGUGAUAAUACACUAAAGAAAAAAACCUA